GUUGGUGUUUCUACUUAUGGUGGUGGAAUUUGGCGUACCUGGUUUGAUCGGGAUCUUUCUGUUGCUGGAGAAGUUGUUGUGAGAGCGUGCACUGACGCGGGUAAAGACCCCAGGGAUAUUGUCUCCGAACAUCAUUAUAAUUUCUUGGAUGUGAUUGCGGCUGCAGCUAAUGCAACCCCAGAACAAGUGGUAGACAUGGAUCUCUACCUUUACGAUGCUAAUCCGGCGGUGAGAAAAAGAUUUUGUGGGUAUAAAAGAUGUUUGACAUUAAACUUACAGAGAAUCGGUGGUAUCCAUGACGAAUUUAUCACUGAUUAUGCUUUGUUGUGGAAAAAUGGUUCUUCUGAACAUUUCAGAAAUCGCUCUGCCAUUGUCGCUUUUGCCGUUGGAGGCGCUUUUGUACCAGGCAAUGGUUUUUCUAUUGUUGUUGGUCAUACCGAUAGCCCCUGUCUACGAGUGAAACCUGUGUCAAAAUUACAAUCUCAGAAAUUCAAUCAGGUUGGUGUUUCUACUUAUGGUGGCGGAAUUUGGCGUACCUGGUUUGAUCGGGAUCUUUCUGUUGGUGUUUCUACUUAUGGUGGCGGAAUUUGGCGUACCUGGUUUGAUCGGGAUCUUUCUGUUGCUGGAGAAGUUGUUGUGAGAGCGGGAGACACAUUGGCAAGACGUCUGAUUAACGUUGGGCAUCCUAUAUUGUACAUCCCAAAUUUGGCAAUACACUUCUGUAAAGACCGCGACACGUUUACAUGCAACAAAGAAACUGAUCUCAUACCAAUUUUGGAGACCGUAGCAGCUUCUGGAAUUAAUGAGCAGAAAAAGGACAAGGAUAAUACGGCGUGCACCGACGCGGGUAAAGACCCCAGGGAUAUUGUCUCCGAACAUCAUUAUAAUUUUUUGGACGUGAUUGCGGCUGCAGCUAAUGCAACCCCAGAACAAGUGGUAGACAUGGAUCUCUACCUCUAUGAUGCGAAUCCAGCGAGAAUCGGUGGUAUCCAUGACGAAUUUAUCACUGGUGCUCGUCUUGACAAUCUUGUUGGAACAUAUACAGCCAUACAAGGAUUGAUUGCAUCAUUAUUAGACGAACGUCUUCUAAUGGACGAUGGGAAUAUUCGUAUGGCUGCAUGUUUUGAUAAUGAAGAGGUUGGGUCAAAAACAGCCAUGGGAGCAGGGUCAUCGUUCAUUGAGUACGUAUUGAGACGACUGUCAGCUGGAGGAGAACCACUAGCAUUUGAAGAAUCUAUUGGGAAAAGUUUGUUGAUCUCAGCUGAUCAAGCACAUGCAUCACAUCCAAAUUAUCCAAAGAUUCACGAGGUUUGUAAAGUUUUCAUUGCCCUAGCAUUUACAAGUUUUGUAAAAAGCAAACAAUUUUACCACCCCCAACUUGAAAUUUUUGCUUUGGGCGAGAGGAGGUAGAC